CCUCUGACGUCGUCCUCGUCUCUUCCUCGGUGGUACACUUGCCAUGUUUGCGGAAGCGUCGUAAUAUUCUCACAUCUAGCUAGCCAAAGUAAUUUUUUCCUUUUAUGUAAGACGUUACAAACCCUAACAUGAAUUUACCGAAGGCCCCCGAUUCUCUGUGCUUCGACAAGGACGUUUUUAUGAAAGAUGACUUUGACGUGGAUCAGUUCGUGGCUGAUUGUCGCAAGCAGGUUCAGCUGGAAGAGAUGCGAGAGGAUCUGGAGAUGUACUACAAGUUACUGAAGACCGCUAUGGUGGAGCUCAUCAACAAAGACUAUGCAGACUUUGUCAACCUUUCCACCAACCUGGUCGGAAUGGACAAAGCCUUGAAUCAGCUCUCCGUCCCCCUGGGCCAGUUACGAGAAGAAGUGAUGAGCCUUCGUUCCUGUGUGAGUGGGGUGAUUGAGGACAUUGACGGCCAUCUGGCAAAACAAGAGGACCUGCAGAAAAAAAAGGUGUGCGUGCUGAGGCUGAUCCAGGUGGUGCGCUCAGUGGAGAAGAUUGAGAAGAUUCUGCACACACAGAACACCAAGGAGUCCAGCUCCCUGGAGAGCAGCAGUCCUCUACUCGCAGGUCAGAUCCUUGAAAGAAUCGCUACAGAGUUUAACCAGCUCCAGUUCCAUGCAAUACAGAGCAAAGGCUUGCCCCUGCUGGACAAAAUAAGACCUCGCAUCGCGGGCAUCACCUCGAUGCUGCAGCAGUCCCUGGAGGACGUGCUGAUCCAGGGGCUGCAGACGGCCAACCUUGAGAUGGUGCGUCACUGCCUGCGGACCUACGCCACCAUAGACAAGACGCGAGACGCCGAGGCCUUGGUGGGACAGGUGCUGGUGAAACCCUACAUGGACCAGGUGAUCGUGGAAGACCUGGUGAAGGCAAACCCAAACGGUCUGCAGCUGAUGUACUCCAGACUGCUGGAGUUUGUCCCUCACCACUGUAGACUGCUCCGGGAGGUGACCGGUGGGGCCGUCUCCAGUGACAAAGCUGACAUGGUGCCAGGCUACGAUUUCCUGGUCAACUCUGUGUGGCCCGAGAUAAUACGCGGCAUAGAGGAGAGGAUGGCCUACCUCUUCAACCCGGGCAACCCAGACGUAUUCUAUGAGCGGUACACGGUGAGCAUGGAGUUUGUGCGACGGUUCGAGCGUCAGUGCAGCUCCCAGGCCAGCGUGAAGCGGCUGCGGGUCCACCCCACCUACACCAGCUUCCACAACAAGUGGAACUUGCCCGUCUACUUCCAGCUACGAUACAAGGAGAUAGCUGGAAGUUUAGAGAACGCCAUAAGUGAUGGGCUAGAGGCCGCUCCAGCGGGCAGUGCGUACCACCUUAAGGUGUCUGAGGUGCUGUGGUCGUGCCUGAAGAGGUGCUGGUCAGACGGGAUCUACAUGGCGCCCCUGGUCCAUCGCUUCUGGAAGAUCACCCUGCAGCUCUACUCCAGAUACUCCAAGUUCCUCCAUGAGGUUCUCACCAAGACUCCCUGCCCUGAGGCCACCAAGGAGCCCGCCAGGCCCCUGCCUAGCUCCGCCUCCUCCACCUCUAGUCGCGCCUCAUUGGAUGAGGGGGGAAGCGAAGGUGGAAUUCCUGCCUCUCUCUCCACCAAAAAGCUGGUCUACAUCGCGGCAGACAUACAAAAGCUACAAGAGCAGAUUCCAGACUUGAUGGAGAUAGUCAGACAGAGGCUCGAGGCGGUCGGCUUCAAAAACUUCACUGUGAUAGAAGCGGCCCUGGGGGACUCCAAGGCCUCUCUGUCCGGCAGCACCCCCACGCUGAACGCCCGCAUGACCCAGCAUCUGAGCGAGCGCUGCAGCCGCUACCUGAAGAGCGCCUCGGAGGUGCCCCGCCUCUACCGCCGGACCAACAAGGAAGUGCCGGUGCGCGCCUCAGCGUACAUGGACAACGCCCUCCGUCCGCUGCAUCAGUUGCUGACUGACUCCAAGGGUCUGGUCGACCCCGCUACGGCGCAAGACUGGCUACGUGUCACCCUGUGUGACUGCACACAACGGUACUAUGAAACCAUCUCGGAGGUGCUGAGCUCGGUGAGGAAGAUGGAGGAGAGCCUGAAGAGGCUGAAGCAGGCACGGAAAGGCGCCGCCACGGUAACCACGACGGGGACCAACGGGGGGCUGACGGACGAUGGCAAAAUCCGCCUGCAGCUGACGCUGGAUGUGCAGUACCUGGGAGAGCAGAUCGAGAAGAUGGGUCUGCAGCCGUCUCAGAUCUCCAUGUUCUCCACACUGACGGAGCUGGUGCAGGAGGCCCGGGACCUGGCUGAACAGAACCAAUAGAGACCAACAGGACUCUAUCUCUCACAUUCUCACACUCACACAAUGGACUUCCGGAAAUCAGCAGUACAACAACCACAGCGCAACCAUUCACGUCACACUUGGGUGGGUAAACAAGAUCUGAUCAACCUUAUCCUGUCCAUGCUAACUGAGGACGAUUGCACAUUGAGUUGCUCAACUGAUUUGGCCGGACGACACAGACACAGACACACACACACACACACACACACACACACACACACACACACACACACACACUCACAC